AUGGACUCGUUAAGACUGAUAAAUUCUGCUCUUGAACAAUUGCUGAAGGCACAGGUCGUACCUUCCACUUCCGAUGAUGGCACGUUAGGGCGUCCCUCACCUAUUAUUACUAGGGAGAUUUUGAAAGCUUUUGACAAAAGAAAACGACGUAAUCCAACAGAUACGGGCUUCAACGACACCUCCCAAAAGGAGGAAAUGGACUCAUUAAGACUGAUAAAUUCUGCUCUUGAACAAAUGCUGAAGGCACAGGUCGUACCUUCCACUUCCGAGGAUGGCACGUUAGGGCGUCCCUCACCUGUUAUUACCAAGGAGAUUUUGAAAGCUUUUGACAAAAGAAAACGAAGUAAUCCAUCAGAUACGGGCUUCAACGACACCUCCCAACUUGGACCAUCUGUUCGACGACGGUCUCUGCCCAGAGUAACAAUCCAAGAAGAACCUUCAAAAAUUCCAUCCAUUGUUUUAGAUUUGGUCGAUAAGAACGAAAGCGAAGAAGAGAAAGCCGUCGGCUCUCCAAAGCAUUCUAUAGCUUCACCAAGUCCUGGCUCAGAAAGUGAUAAUGAAUUGAUGGCAGAAGUACGACCAUCGCCAAUGACACAUAAGCACUCGUAA